AUGGCGCCCCAAGCAUGCCCAAGCUGUAAGUCUACCAACCUGACCGAGGACGAUCAUGGCGGAGAGACGCAUCAUGUCUGCAAAGAUUGUGGUGAAGUCAUCAAAUCUACUGCCUCCUUUGAGCAGGAUAUGAACUACUGGAGUAGUGUGACUUUCUGCAAUGCUGCGGGAUCUCUACAGGGAACAGACUUUGGAAGAUGUCGAAAUAGUGCAAAAGUGGAUCCAAACGGAGCUCCGAGAAAGCUGAUACCGUGGCUGAAGUAUGUGCGAGAAGUUUGCGGCAUGAUGAAGUUGACCUCAGAGAUGCAGAAGGGAGCCACAGAGCUCUUCACACAAGCCUUCAAUCAUCCAAACUUUAGGUACAAGCAGCGAGUGAAGAAGCAAGGACUUUGCGGUGCUGUGAUAUUUGUUCUUUGCAGACGACAAGACUGGCCGGUGCUCUUACCAGAUAUCAGUGACGUUGUACAGUGUCCAAAGAGUGCCGUAUUCAACAUGUUGGAGUUGCUCAAUCGCGAUUUCAAUAUCAACAUCAAACCCCAAUCAAACUGUGAGGACGUUGUGACGUCAGUGCUCAAGAAAUACAGACUCAGCGACGAUACAUUUAGGGAAAAGACGAUCAAGCUGGUGGGCCUGGCAAAAGAUGCGUGGAUCACUUGUGGAAGAUCCUAUGAUGCUAUCAUCCUUGGUGCUGCUUAUCUAGUCUGGAAAGCAUCUGAAGGCAAGGGAAAAGGCUCUCUAUCUCAAGUUGAAUUUAAAAAACGAUUCAAAAUUGCCAAACCCCCAGCUCAGAUGACCAAACGUGUGGGAGAAAUACGACAGGUUUUGAAUCAGCUUUAUCUCAAACUUCCAUGGGUCAAAUCGUCCGGUAAAGUCCGCACGGAUACAGCGUUAUGGCAUCUUGAUGACAUUCUCAGCCAUAAAAGAUUUCUUAUAUCCAGGGUUGGAGCUCCAACUGAAGACGAGGACGCAGAUGAAGUGGAGACAGAUGAAACACAAAAUGAGCAGACUAUUACUAACCCAUGCGGAGAUGCAACAGUAAAUAGUUCCAAUCCUCCGUCGUCCAGAGGUAUUCUACCACCGGCGUGUAGCAUGAAAAGAAAAGCCAAGACGCGCGAUACAGGAAUGGAACCAGCGAGGAAAAUUCCAACACUUGUGCCUUGGAACCCGGAGAUGGAAGGCUUAGAUGAGGAGUUAACUGAGAAAGACAUUCCUGAAUCGGAGAUGCAUCUUUAUGUACGAUCUCAAGAGGAGAUAGAACAGUUUGUGACAUUGCAGAAUGAUAUGGGCUUAUUGGAUAGCGAAGAUCAGGAGGAUGCUUUAUGACAUAAAAAACAAUAAAGGGGACCACUCUCUAUUAGACCAUCCAUCAUUUUGACUUUAAAAGUUUGUCCUAAUAGUUCUAAUUUUAAGUAUUGUUUGAAGCUUUGCAUGGUGUUGAGAAAUACAAAGAAACUAUUAAUAAAUAGUACACUUGCAGG